AGUAAAAGAUAACAAUUUAUUACUCAUACGGCUGGAAGCAAACAGAUAAAGACACCUCUAUAGAAAUAUACGACGUUAUUAAAAUGCCCCAUUUAAGAGUAAGUGAAGAAAACUUACAGAAAUUAAAAUGUAACAAGUGCGAAAAUCCGUUAUCGGUACCCCCUAUCACGUAUAAUUUAGAGGGUGGUUAUUUUUGUGGAAGAUGCUCGCCGACAACUCACCUUGGGACUCGUCUCGAAAUCUACGAAGUUUUGGCACAACAUUUCAGGUUUCCGUGUCAAUUUUCGAAGUUUGGAUGUAAUCAAAUGUUAAACUGGGAGGAAGUGGCUGCACAUGAAACGGUAUGUCGAAAACGCCCUUAUUUAUGUCCGGUGGCGUCAGUCAUGCACUGCCUGUGGCGAGGAAAUCUAACAGGAAUCGUCGAUCACAUGUCCCAAAUGCACAAUUGCUCAGUCAAGGAGGUACAUCGUAUAAAAAUAAAAGUAGUAGGUGUUAAUGGCAAAUUUAGUAUACUGGGUUGUAAGAUUAUCUUGUUGGAAGGAAAGAAGUAUCUUUUUUGCGUCAAUUUCAAUGAUACAAAUAAAUUAUUAGAGUUUGCCCUGAUCCAAUUGGAAUACAAAAAAAUAAAAGUCAAAUACAGGUUCAAACUGUUUUCGGACGAUUUGUUGAAAGAGAUUCAUUUGCCUGUUCAAGAAGUCAGCUCCUACGAAUUGAAACGUAGCAUAGAAUUCCAGAAAGGAAAUUCAAUCACCCAGGACGCCAUAAGAUACUUGCUGAGCGAAAGUGAUGAAUUCUUUUGUGAAAUAGUUUUACGACCCGACUGUAAACAAAAGGAUGAUAAAAAGGACCCACCAAGUUCGAUACCAACUAUUUUGGAAUGCCCAAUUUGUUACACGUUCAUGAGAGCUCCGAUAUUUCAAUGCCAAACGGGGCAUAGUUUUUGCUUUACGUGUACUCCAGCCUUUAAAGAAUGUCCCAUGUGCAAAGGGAAAAUGUUGAAAACGAGAAAUUUUGCUCUAGAAGACAUCGCUAGUGAACACGUCAUCGACUGCAAAAACAAAUCUUUGGGAUGUGAUUUUAAAGGAUUUUCAACUGAAUUGGACGACCACCAAUCGACUUGUAAAAUAGUUUGUUGUUCAGCAGAGGGUUGCCUCUGGAAAGGGAGCGAAUUGGCACUUGGAGAACAUCGCAAAGUGCACGAAAAAAAAGUAAAAUCACCACCACCAAGAUGCUCGCCUCAGCCAAAGCCAAGACCUCUACGAAGAGGUCCAUUAUUUUAGGCUGCUCCAGGGUCGCAUGCUCCAGUUGCAGAUCCACCUCUAGGAUAUAUAAUAAUUAUUUGUCUGGCAGUGAAUCCCAUGUAUGAUUCUUAUAGGUAUAUACAGUGUUCUUUUGUUAUACGUUAUAAAUGUGUCAGAAAAUAACGAAAGGUAAUGUAACAUUUCUAAGA